GUUCAGCCUGAUAGAAGAUCAUUUGUCUGUUUCCUACCGUUCACUUCAUCAGAGAAAAAAAAAAAUCGUGAUUUAAACAAUUUUAUACAGAGAAAAAUAACAGUCAAUUGUUUUGUUACUGAUCACUUCAUAAGAUUUGUUAUUGGUGUGUCUUGUUGUUUGAAAGGAUUUUUAGUUUUUAAAACACUUUACCUGCUGCUUCAUAUGAACUCCAAAAUAAAGUCUUCAUAAGAGCUCUGUCAGUUAUGUUUUGUCAAAGAAUGUGCUGUAAAUUGAAAGGUAUGUGUAGAGCAUGCAGAGCAGGACAGGCGUGGCACAACAUGUCGCAGAGGUUAAGGAGGUGCAAGGAGAAAAGUAAGUACGAUGAGUGAAACUGGAUCUCUCCUCCCCCUGACCACAUCUUGAUUCUCCUCUGAAGACUUUCUCAGGGGGUUGUGACCAAAGUGUAUUAUUAGCAUCCGCCUCAGCUCUCUCGUUCUCACCCUCUCUAUCUGUCCUCCGCCUCCUGUCUCUUCGUCUCAUUUCUGUCCGUCGCUUUCUGUUUUUGUCUUCGGCUUUCUUUUUCACGUCCGUUUGAUUUUUGCUUUUCUUUGUUCCUCUUCAGCUAUUUUCUCUUCUGUCGGCUUCAUUUCUUCACUUCUGGUUUCCGUUGACAGCAUCGCAAGCUAUAUUUUACUUUUGUCACAACUCAAUGUCCUGCAGCUUCUCUCUGUGCCAUUGCUUUAAUAUUGUAUUGUCCCGUCCUUGCUUUUUCUCUCCAUAACUCCUGGUCGUCUAGUGUUCCUGCUUUUGCUUCACCUGCCUCUCUCCUUCACCUCAUUACGCCCCUCCAUCCUCUUCUCAUCUCCGAGUAGCUCUGUGCUUCUGCAUAAUGGGGAAGACAGAACUGUGCUCUCUCUAUAAGGGUUUUCUGGACUGUAUUUGCCUCUGCCUCUCUCGAAGCAGCAGUGAGGCUGCAGGCGAUAAUGAGAGGGACACUGAGAACGGCCACCUGAUCUACAAAAGUGGGGACGUCCUCGAAGACAGAUAUGAGAUAGUCGACACUCUGGGUGAGGGAACCUUUGGGAAGGUUGUGCAAUGCUCGGACCACAGCAGAGGAGGAAAUCGAAUUGCUCUGAAGAUCAUUAAGAACUUGGAGAAAUACAGAGAAGCAGCCAAACUGGAAAUCAAUGUUUUGGAGAAGAUCAGGACGAGAGAUCCAGACAACAGACACCACUGUGUGCAGAUGCUGGACUGGUUUAACUACUACGGCCACAUGUGCAUCUCUUUUGAGCUGCUGUCUCUCAGCACCUUUGACUUCUUGAAAGCAAACAACUUCCUGCCUUAUCCCAUUAACCAGAUCCGACACAUGGCCCUCCAGAUCUGCCACGCUGUCAGCUUUCUCCAUGACAACAAGCUGACUCACACCGACCUGAAGCCUGAGAACAUCCUCUUUGUCAACUCAGACUACUCGCUCAUAUACAACGCUGAGAAGAAGUGCAAUGAGCGGAGAAUGAAUGACACCACAGUGCGGCUUGUUGACUUUGGCAGCGCCACCUUUGACCACGAACACCACUCGGCCGUCAUCUCCACACGUCACUACCGAGCUCCAGAGGUCAUACUGGAGCUGGGUUGGAGUCACCCGUGUGAUGUGUGGAGUAUCGGAUGCAUCCUGUUUGAAUACUAUGAAGGCUUCACACUGUACCAGACUCAUGACAAUAAGGAGCAUCUUGCUAUGAUGGAGAGCAUACAGGGACCGGUUCCUCAGAGAAUGAUCCAAAGGAGCAGAAAGCAGAAGUAUUUCCACUGUGGGCGUCUCGACUGGAAUGAGUGCUCCAAGGCCGGACGCUACGUGAAAGCCAAGUGCAAACCAUUAAGGAAUUACUUGUUAUCACAUGGAAGAGACCACCACCUGUUGUUUUACCUCUUGGAGGGGAUGCUGGAGUACGAGCCCUCGACACGCAUCCCUCUUUCCUCUGCCCUGCGUCAACCCUUCUUCCUGCCUCUUCAUCAUCCAGGAAGGAGUCAAGUCUGGAGGAACAGCUGUGAUAUGAGCAGAUGAGACCCUGAAUAGACACUUGACUCUGUGCGGACCAUACCAGUGUGUUUGCAAGUACUACUUUCUCAACUGCAAAACAUGUAUUACAUUUCAAUCAGGAGGCUAAAGAAGUUAUACAUUUCUAUGUUUGUUAUAAAGUGCAGAAUAUGAAAAGUUGAAGAAAUACUUUAUGUGAAGAGUCUUUGGCAAGUAGACUGAUUUCAUGGGGGUAGUCAUGCCGUGAGCCCGACAGGAACAUUACCCCGAAGGAGUCGGGUGAUGGUGAAAGGGUGAAGAACAAAAGGUGAAGGAUGUGGAAGUGGAAGGAUGCGUUGGACAGGUGUUUCUGAUCAGACUGGAGGUGAAUGGGGUCGAGGUGGGUCAUGUCGAAUUGUAUGCUGAACAGCUGACAGCAGCAGAGAAAGGAAUAUUUGUUUGACUCCAACCAGAUGAUUGGUGACGCCCUCAGUCAGCUGAUUGAGUAGGAAAGAAAACAUCAAUCUAUAUAAUUAGAGUGAGGCAAGUCGAGGCAAUUAUAUUCACAGUAUACAGCAGAUUUAAAAAAAAAGUGUCUUUUCAUUCAUGUGUCGGUAUGAAAUUUUUUUAGCAGACCCUUAAAAGUUGCAUUACUUUUUGUAAAUGUUACAUUAAUUGAUUUAAAAAUACAUUACAACAUUAAUGUAACUUGCAAUCCUUGACUUUCACUGAAACGUUUCAACAGUCUGCUGAUUUUUGUGUCAAACAGAAAUGAGUGGAAACCAAUGGAUGAUACGGUUAGUUGGUACUGUAAAUACAAAACUUGCAGAACUACCGGGUGCUGACUGAUCGUCACAUGUAAGUACAUCAAGUCAGCUCCAAAAGGUCUCUCUAAAACGUUGAGGACGUAGUCACAAAAGCUUAUAUGCAACCUUUAAAAGUAUCUUUUCACUGUUACGCUCUCAGUCACUUUAUAAAAAUAUUUUUUAGUGUUUUUUGUCAUACGCUUGUUAUUGAAUGACUUCUUUAGUAGUAAAAUAAAUUCAGUUUUUAAUCGGCCCAUCCAUAUCUCACACUUCUUACUUAACUCCAGUUUACUGGCUGAACCUCCUCUGGCAUCUCGAUGGAGUGCAGCUCAGCAGAGAGGACGGUCACAAGGCUGAGCGAGCGUGUGCGCCUGCCAAUGUUCACUUUCAGCCUGGGCAGAGCGGAGAGAGACGUACUGUCAAAGUACGUGUGUUUGACUGGGUGAGACCUUACUUUUGAUGUAUGUGUGUGGUUGUGUGGGAGGUUGUGUGUACUUGUAUGUGUGUGUAUAAUGAGGGUAUGUAUAUGUUUGUGUAUAUGAUCUUAUUCCUUGGCUGUCAAAAGGCAUGAACAUCCCAGAUUUGUAUGUGUGAAUGGAGAUUUGUUGAAGGAAAGUAAAUCAAUGUCUUUGUGUUUAAUACAGAACUUAGUUUUUUAACAAAUAUAUUACAUGUUAUAUAUAUAGUGUAUUUACAAUUAUACUUAGAAUUUGACUGUUUAAAUCUUGGGAUUUGAGAAAAGGACUACUGAAGUAUGAGUGAGAGUCUGGUGAAUUUAAACAGAUUAUUUUAGAAGAAGCUAGACCUAGAAGCUGUGGCCAUCACUGAAUGGGGCUUGAGCAGGUGGUUUAACAGGCUGAGACGCCCUCGUGUGAUGCACGCUGACUGCAUGUGCACCAGCUUUGUACCAAAAGGUCCGUGGAAACAUCUCUGUGCCAAAACGUCUCUUAAAUCAUCGGUGUAGUGUCUCCUAGUUUAGCUACCAUUCUCUGCAAUAGACCUGAAACCUAAAAGACGAAAAUAAUAGUUAUUUUUCACUUUUAUUCCUAUUUAUUAUCUUCAAAUUACAUGACAUUACCUGUAAAAGCAAAUGUGAGAAUGAUACAUUGUUGGAUUAUAAGAUUUCUUAGCUGCAGGACCACAUCUUCACUUCACUGCUCUGGUGUCAGUCUGCAAUAAUAUGAAAUAAUAUGAUCAGCAAUUACACAAAAGAAACGACUGUAAUGUCAUUUGAGUAGUCCCUUUUUAAUUGCCCCCACACUGGAUUUUACAAAGUGUGCAUUGCUCAUCAAAAAUGAGCUUGAGUGUGUUAAUAAUCGACAGAAGUUGUGUUUGGUUGCUCUGAUAUAAGCUACAAGAUAUUGGAGAAUAUUAACAUAUCUCAGAUUUAGGGUCGGUAACGUGCUCAACCUCUAUUUCUCCCUUCUGUGGAGAAAUCCUAUUGACACAGGAAACGAUGGUUGGAUGAGUAAACUGAUCCCGGAUCUGUCUCUGACCAUGAGCUUGAAGGAGGCGUGGCUUGUCUUGGUGAUCUUGUUAAAGCAUUAAAGUGUCCUCACCUGCCAGAAAACAAAGUGGUCUGGGCAGUAGAGGGCAAAGAAAAGGAGGGAAACAAGUGAUCGAGGAAUAUUGAGUUGUUUGGUUGAAGAGUUUAGAGGCUAUGUGAGUGAGGGCAUUAGAGUAGGCCAUAGAACACACAACUCACUGAGAGGAGACAUUCAAAGACAUGCACAAUGCAGAAAAUGUGCAAAGAGGGAAUCAAGGAAUACACAUGGGUAACACUUUACUUCAACUCCCCUAAUUUAGCACUCAUUAGCAUCAUGUAAACAUAUAAUGAAUGAAUUAACACACUAUUAUGUAGCUGUAAGCAGAUUUAAGUGUUUAUUAGUGUG